AUGGGUAUGAGAGGGUGGAAUUGGUGGGUGCUGGUGUGCACCUCACUGGCUGUCCUGCCCGCUCUCACGGAGGGAAAGACAGUGAAGUAUGAGACAUUUGAGGAGGACGCCCCGGCGACUGUCAUCGGAAACUUGGCCAAGGACAUUUCAAUCAGCCCCUCCUCGGGCUCCAAGACAAAUUUCAGGAUGAUGAAGCAGUUCAACUCGUCUUUUAUCCGUUUGAGGGAGAGCGACGGACAGCUGACUAUCGGAGAGAGAAUUGACAGAGAGAGAAUUUGCAAACACACCCUUCACUGCCUCAUCGCAUUUGAUGUGGUCAGCUUCUCCAAAGAGCAGUUCAAACUCAUCCACGUCGAGGUGGAGGUCAAGGACAUCAACGACAAUUCCCCCGAGUUCCCCCGGAAAGAGUCGAGUCUGGAGAUCUCCGAAAACACAGCCGUGGGCACGCGGAUCCCGUUAGACUUCGCUGUGGAUGAGGACGUGGGUUUGAAUUACAUCCAGAGCUACCAGAUAUCCGUUAACAGUCACUUCACCAUAGAUGUGCUCAGCAGAGCCGACGGGGUUAAAUAUGCGGAGCUUGUGCUCAUGAAGGAGCUGGACCGUGAGACACAGGCUUCCUAUGCGCUCGAGCUGGUUGCUAUGGAUGGUGGCAACCCGUCCCGCACGGGAACGACUCGCAUCAACGUCAAGGUGAAAGACUACAAUGACAACAGCCCGGUGUUUGACAGGAACAAUUUCUCAGUCGACCUCCCUGAGGACGCACCGGUAGGGUUUCUCUUACUGGACCUGAACGCAGAAGACCCGGAUGAGGGGCUGAAUGGGGAGGUGGUGUAUGGGUUCGGUAACCAGGUGCCAUCAGAGAUUCGACAACUUUUCAGAGUGGACCGCAAAACGGGACGCCUCACUCUCGAGAGCCCCAUUGACUUUGAAAGCAAAAAAACGUAUGAAUUUGACGUCCAGGCGACUGACCUGGGUCCAAACCCGAGCCCGGCUAUCUGUAAGAUAGUGGUGCAGGUGCAGGACGUUAACGACAACGCGCCAGAGAUCUCCAUCACGCCUAUGACCUCCAUCACGGCGGGAAUCGCCUAUAUCACGGAGUCUGCGGCACGCGAGAGUUUUGUUGCUCUGGUCAGCACCUCGGACAGGGACUCUGGUGCUAACGGACAGGUGCACUGCACGCUCUACGGCCACGACCACUUCAGGUUGCAGCAGGCGUACGAGGACAGCUUCAUGAUCGUGAGCACGAGCCCGUUGGACCGGGAGAAAAUCCCUGAGUAUAAUCUAACAGUGGUGGCAGAGGACUUGGGAUCCCCACCUUUCAGAACCAUCACCCAGUACACCAUCCGGUUAACGGACGAGAAUGACAAUGCCCCUGUGUUCAGUAAGCCGGUGUAUGAAGUGGCUGUGGUGGAGAAUAACGCACCAGGUGCUUACAUCACCACGGUGGUCGCCAGGGACAUGGACUUGGGCCACAACGGUAAGGUGAGCUACAAGCUCGCUGACACCUAUGUCAUGGGCUCUCCGGUGUCUGCUUUUGUCUCACUGGACCCCGCGAGUGGCUCCUUUUAUGCACUCAGGAGCUUCAACUAUGAAGUCAUGAAACAGCUCGAGCUGCGCAUCACAGCCAGCGACGGUGGGUCCCCGCCCCUCACCGGAACCGCGACCGUUAACAUUAGGAUAGUGGACCAAAACGACAACGCACCUGUCAUCAACCAGCCCGUGCUCAAUAAUGGGUCCGCUGAGGUUCUGCUGCCCCGGGAUGCGCCCUCAGGCUACGUCAUCACCCAGGUGGAGGCGCGAGAUGCUGAUGAGGGCGUGAACGCGGAGCUGUCCUACAGACUGGCAUCUGGAGAGGCAUCCGUGUUCUCCGUUAACAAAGCCACCGGAGAGGUCUACCUCAACCGCAUGCUCAGUCACGGCGUGGACGAGACCCUGCGUGUGACCGUCACGGUGAGUGACAACGGGAGACCUGCGCUCACCACCUCCGCCACGCUUCACUUCCUCAUCAUUGCGGGCGCCCCUCCGAGCGACAGGACCGUGUACCGGGCCGGCAGCAGGGAGGCAGGGGAGCACGCACAGUGGGACCUGUCAGUGGUGAUUAUCAUCGUCCUCGCGGGGAGCUGCACGCUCCUGCUGUUAGCCAUCAUCCUCAUCGCCACCACCUGCAACCGGCGGAAACGGGACAAGACUGGAGAUGACACAGACUCGUACGGGGAGAAGGAGACUCUGGAAAGAGGCAAAAACAACAGCGACAACCCGCUGCUGCCGCUCCACGGAGUCGGCUACUCCACUCUGCCCGGCUACGGAAACGGCUACAAUAACGGUAAAGAAGUGGUCAGACCAAUCACCAUCUGGAAGGGCAACUCCUACACCACCAUCUCCGCAAGAGACCCCGCAUUCAGCGGGAAGGACAGCGGGAAAGGCGACAGUGACUUUAACGACAGCGAUAGUGACAUCAGUGGCACCGACCUGAAGAAGGAGGGAGUACCGGUACCCCCCAUGGGCGGCCAGAGUGGUCUAUGGGCGUGUACCAGUGAGUGUAAGAUUCUGGGUCACUCUGACCGCUGCUGGAGCCCUUCCACUGUACACGCUAACACCGGUCCCUCGCCCGUCCCCACCCCUACCGGCCAGACCCUCUCCUCCUUCAACAGUCUUUCCAAGACGGCCUCGCUGCCCCGAGACUCGCUCCGGCGGGACAAUUAUUACCAGGCGCACAUCCCCAAAACAACCGGCCUGCAGAGUGUGUAUGAGAAGGUUCUGCAUAGAGAAUAUGACUAUGUCCUGGUCACUCCUCCCAUACCCAUGAGAGUUCAGGAGAUUAGUGAAAUCACUAUCCCAGUCUACGGUCCGACCACGACACGGUGUCCCAGCAAUGAAGUCUAA